UGUAAAACGUUGGCGGAUACAAUUUGUUCUUUCAAUUACAAUUUUUGUUUUUGCAUUAUCAACAGCUAUUCUUAUGAUUGUUGAUAGCGCAACUGAUGGACAUAUAAAACCAAAAGAUUUUAAACCCAAACAUAAAAAUGAUUUUAGUUAUUAUGGUAAAUAUCGUACUGAUGUUAUUAUACCAAUUUAUUGUAUAUCUGGUAUAACACUUGGAAUGGUUGAAUCGAUUCGACGUGUUAUUCCAGUUAAUAUUGUUGGUGGUAAUAUAAUUAAAUUACGAAAAAUGAAUGCUAUAGUUCAUAUUUUCUAUGAAUUAUCAGGUGUUGGUGGAGCCUUAAUAACUGGUCUUGUAUUAAUUCCUCGUUUAGGAAAUAAUUAUGCAUUUCUUAUAACACCUAUUUUAUUUACAAUAUCAGGAUUAAUUUGGUUAUUGAUUCGUUCAGUUCGUGAAAAACCAAACAAUGUCAAAAGUGAGCAUGUACCAUAUAUAAAACAAUCAAAAUUAAAUUUUAUUAAAAGAAUUACAAAACCACCGCUGUUGUUUAUUCAAUCAAUUUAUAUUGGUGCAAAAAUAGUUUUUACAAAUCGAAAAUUUAUUUGGUUAUUUAUUAUAUAUCCAUUUGCAAUUUAUACACAUCGAUAUAUUGAAAAUAUUAUUGGUCCACAAGUUACAAGACGUUAUCUAAAUCGUUCGGAUUGGUCACAAAUCCUUGUUGGUGGUUCUAAUUUUGGAGAAUUACUAGGAGCUUUAUUUGUAUUUUGUUUUAAUGAUAUUAUUAAAAGUCCAAUAUUACCAGUGCGGUUUGAUGCUUUAAUGUUAUUGAUUAUUUGGUAUCUUCCAUUUUACUAUCCACCUGUUGAUCAAAUUAAAUAUGCUUGGAUUAUAGCAGCAUCAUUGAUACCAAUUGGAUUUACUUCAGCUAUCGGUAAUAUUUCUCUUGAUGCAUAUAUUCAAUCAUCUUUAACACGUCUUGAAUCAAAACAUAAAUAUAUAUCACCAUUAGGAGCUGUUGUAUCAUUUCUUUAUUCAACAUAUAUUGUUAUAUAUUCAAUAGCAAAUCCACUUCUUGGCAAACAUAUUGAUUAUGUUUAUAAUAAAACCGGAAAUAUUCAUUCAGCACUUAUUUAUGUAGCUGCUUUACAAUUAACAAUUAUUUUUAUUUUGAUGUUUGCUGCAACGUUUAUUCCAAAAGGUGCUAUUGCCUUUAAUCCAGUAUUAAUUGAUGAAGAUGAUGAAACUAUGGCGAAUGAUAAUACUGAAAAGUUAAAUAUGAUACUUGAUGAAAAUGUUGAUCGUGGUACAAUUGCGGAAACAAAAUAA